GGCUCUUUUCGUUGUCCUUGGUCCGAUAACCCGAAAAGAUGUCCGGCUGUCUUGAUAAGCCAUCGAGUCGUUAGACUGGCUAGUACCUCUAAAGGUAAAUGAGGGGUACCUUACAUGGUCGAAACUCCGGAUUACCUUUGGAGGUUAAGUUGCAGAUAAAGAUGAGUGCCCUACCUUACUGACAAAGUCGAACGAUAUCCCCAUAGCACAUCAUACCACUCGUUCUUCACAAUCCUGACACACAUAAUUGGGUUGCAAGGGCAAUAUCUGUUUGAGCCUCAAGUAUCAGCUGCCACUAGCGAGCGGAGCCUCAAAUAUGUCGUGGACAGAUAUCUCGGUAGCGGCCCAGGCCGAGCUUCUACAGAAGAUCCCUGAGAGAUGGCGGAUCGACCAGAAGCAAUACUCAGGCCAUUCUGACGUCUCUCGUGUUCCGGUCACUUCUGGAAUCUUGAGCAAGCGACAGAUUGAGAUUACCGAGCUUACCGUGUCAGAGCUCCACCAACGUAUCAGAACUCGCGCGUUGAGGGCCACCGAGAUCUUGGAAGCUUUUGCUGCUCGGGCUGCUAUCGCCCAUCAACUGGCAAACUGCUUGACGGAUUGGUUCUACGAGGAGGGACUUCACCGCGCCAGAGAACUCGACGAGAUACUCGAAAACGGCGGCGAUCCUAUCGGUCCCCUACACGGCAUACCUGUCGCUCUCAAGGACACUUACGGUCUCAAAGGUCAUGUCACAACGCGAGGUUACAUCGUCGGCAAGGGCGUGGUAUACGAUCACACUUCCGACAUUAUCGAAACGCUCAGAGCGGCAGGUGCUGUGUUUUACUGUAGAACCACCAUGCCUCAGACGGGGUUCAUCCUGGAGACAGUGAGCAACCUCUGGGGUCGAACAUUGAACCCCUUCAAUAAUCGCCUGGGUGCGGGCGGUAGCUCUGGAGGAGACGCCGCUUUGGUCGCGAUGAAGGGAGCUCCUAUUGCUCUUCCAUCCGAUACAGGCGGCUCAAUCCGUGCACCGGCUGCGUUUUGUGGACUUUAUGCAAUUCGCCCUACGUCGCUACGUAUUCCUAAAGGGAAAUGGGCAGGUACUAUGACUGGCCAGAUAUCUAUCAGGGACUCCGCAGGACCGAUCUGCCAUUCUAUUGAUGACGUUCGGCUCUUUACAGAAGUUAUUGGCUCUCAUCAACCUCAACAUCGGUACGAUACGAACGCUGUUCCCAUUCCGUGGCGAAAGGUUUCCUUGCCUGAGGGUAAGCUUUCAGUUGGUAUUAUGAAGUGGGACGGCGUUGUGAUGCCACAGCCUCCUGUACUGAGAGCUAUCGAGCAUACAAAACAAGUAUUAGUGAGCGCCGGCUUCGAAGUAGUCGAGUUCAGCCCUCCAGUCGAUUGCUGGGAGCUUGCAAAGUGUUACUAUGGCCUUAUCUUUCAGGACGGGGGUGCAGAUACUCUAACGAAGGUAGCUGUCUCCGGAGAGCCUUUGAUGCCAGCCUUUGCUGACCUUCUAAAAAUCUACAACGCGAGAUCCCUGGCAGCCUCGGAAGUUUUGAAGCUCAACCUCCAGACCAGAGCCUACAAAACAAUUUUUGCUGAGGCUUGGGAUAAGACCAAGGAUAUAACCUGCACUGGACGCCCCAUCGAUGCACUUAUCUGCCCACCUGCCCCUUCCACCGGCAUCCCUCAUGACUUCAACGCAUGGUGGGGAUAUACAUCAAUGUGGAAUCUUCUCGACUAUCCAUCUACGGUGAUUCCUAUCGCAAACUUCAGGAUUAGCCCUGAACUUGACCCACGAGAAGCAUACUACAAGCCCCUGGAUACAAAUCCUUAUGACCAGCAAAAUUAUGCAAUGUACGAUCCGAACAUUUUCGUCAACCAGCCAAGCACCAUACAGAUCGUAGGGCGGCCGUUUGAUGAUGAAGAACUUAUCGAGGUCAGCGCUCUAGUUGACAAAUUACUUCAAGAAUCUGGAGGGGCGAGCCAUAAAAGUGCCACAGAGCAGAUAGCAUCAAAAUUGUGAGAUGCAGGUCUCGUAACGAAAGAAAUCAGUUCUGCCAAGAGAAGAAGAUGUGCAGUUGAAGAAUGACAUGUCAAUUCACUCAUCGAGUACUCUGGGCUGGAAGAAAGGCUAGAUAGAUGCAAAUUGAUUCAAGUUUUAUACUCUC